CCUACCUCGAGCUAGUCCGCAGACCGUGUCGGAGCCGAGCCCUGCUGAUCAGCAUGAUCACGGACGUGCAGCUCGCCAUCUUCGCCAACAUGCUGGGCGUGUCGCUCUUCCUGCUUGUCGUUCUCUAUCACUACGUGGCCGUCAACAAUCCCAAGAAGCAGGAAUGAAAGUGGCGCUUUCUCUGCCCCAGGGUUCCAGGACAUAGUCUGAGGCAAGAUGGAGGGUGUGAGGGGCCUUCACACUUCAC